AUGGAUUUCACACUGGUCAACGCGAGCGAGCUCCUCACCCGCUUCACGUACUACGACUACGCGGUUUUCAUCAUUCCAAGAAGAUCAGAGUUGAAGGACGAAGACAUUGAGGCCGACAUCGAACUCGCUAAAGAGUUGGCGUCGAGCAUAAUCUACCGUUCCGUGAACAGGAGCGGCGAUCCUUGCGAUGACUUCUACGAGUAUACGUGCAGCGCCGGCUACCCGGCAACCCUGGCCAAACCGAGCCACUACCGCAGAUCGAAAGCUAAGUUUUUCACCAGUUACACCAAGAUGGUGUCGCACACGCUUGAGGAAUUGGGCAAGAGAAAGCUCCGAGAACUCGCCAAGAAGGUGAACAACUCGGACGGGGACUUGACGCAAUCGGAAGUACAAUUAGCCGCCUUGGUCAACAGCUGCAGAGCCGUUGGCGAAGGAGACAAUCACGAAGAGAGUGUUGAGUUCAUCAGAGACAUAUUCGAGGCUGCCGGAUUGGACUGGUUCGAGGAACCCAAAACCGAGGGUCGAUCCGGUGUCGACAGCCUGUUCUACCUUUCGGUACACUUGGGCUUGACAACGCCGAUCGUUGACUUAUCGAUUUUACGGAAUCGAUCUAAAAAUGAAGAGAAGAUCGUCUUGAUCGAGAGCGCGCUUGGAUACCGGACUCCUCUGCAAGAUCUGAAGAAGGACGUGCUGAUGAUGAGGCGCAGCAGUCGCGGCAGUAGGAAGAAGAAGAAGAAGUCGAACACGACGCCGGAGGAAUCCCAAGGAACCACGACGGAAAAAUCGCAGAAAACUACGCCGGAAAACGCGAAGAAGACAACGCCGGCAAAAUCAAAGAAAACAACGCCGGCCAAAUCGAAGAGGACAAAAAAAUCGAAAAAAUCGCAGAGAACAACACCACGGAAAUUGCAAACGACAACGCCGAAGACACAGCAGCGAACAACGCCGAGAAAAUCGAAGAAAACGACGUCGAGAAAAUCGCAGAGGAAGACUGAGAGGAAAUCGAGACUGCGAGAUUUGUGGUUGGGAAAAUCAAAAGGGAUCAAAGAUAAGGUCGAAUCUUUCAAGAAGUGCUUCGGAGAGAUGAGCGAAGUUAGAAAACGUCCAAUCCUCCGCAACGACCCGGCGUAUCGAGGCGUGGAGAACUUCCUCGCGAGAGCGAACGAUAUUUUCGACAUGGGUUGGAAUAAGAGUAGAAUAGUUUCGACGGGAAACGACAUACAAAGCGUCCACAUUUGCCUCGGACGUCUCGAAAGCGACAAAAGACUGAAUUACACCGGAACCCUCAGAGGUCUUAAAUCUCUCGGCAACUUCGAUUGGGUCUCACAUCUUCAACCCCAUUUUGGAGACUGGCUGAGAGUCCAUGGGAAAACAGACGUUUUCAUCGACGAUUACGAAACGGUGUUCGCGACGCUCGAGCUGGGUUCUGACAAAGCUCUAUCGCGGAGUUUCAAAAAUUACUUGGCGCAUUGGUUCCUGGCCUCGGCCGGGAAACUCCUUCCGCUGAGCUACGCGGCAAUGUUGGGACGCGAGCUACUCUCCGAAUACGACUUGCUCAAUAUUCGCACAUUGACGCAUAGGAUGGUGCUCUCCUACGCGAAAAUCAUCGCUGCUCGAGAGGCCUGGGAGCCGCGAUUCAGGUUGCUGACCAUGCAGAAGUUGGAGGACACGAUCGUCCAUAUUGGGUAUCCCGAGGAAUUCGAUUCUCCCGAGAAGAAAGAGUACGGCUUCGAUAUGGGACCGAAUUUCCUCAAGAAUGUGCUGACAGUCAAGCAGAAUAUCCUGAUCGAUACAUGCCGGAAAUUCAGCAAUCCGAGUGUUCUAUACCGGGAUACCUGGGUACACACUUUCGAGGCGGCGAACGCCCGCUACUACAGGACUUCGAAUCUCGCUCUCAUCCCACCGACGCUCCUUUGUUUCCCGUUCUACGUUGGGGCUUUUCCCUCCUGGUUCAAUUUGGCAGCGAUCGGAAGACUAAUAUCGCACGAACUGGCCCACGCCUUCGACUCGAAGUCGUGGACGACCGAUAAUCUGGGGAACUUCAGACAAGACUUCCACCUUAUGGCGAAGCAACAAAAGCUGGCAGAAUAUUAUGGCUGCAUGGAAGAGAAGUUCUCUCUGCCCAUUCCGUUCAACACGUCGCAUAAAUUUGAUGGGAAAUUGAGCUUACACGAAAACACUGCCGAUCAGAGUGGUUUCAAUGUGAUAUACUCGGCCUUCAGUGAGAUCGACAAUCCUGAAUCUUUGCCGUCCUUGUCGGACACCUUCACGCCGGAACAGUCAUUUUUCCUGGUCUAUGCAAUGGUCUCAUGCGAAACAAUGACGAAAAAGCGAGUGGCAUCGUACCUCGAUGCAGUUCACUCCCUGAAGAAGUAUAGAACCAACGUGAAUCUCCAGAGCUCCAAUGGGUUCAGCGACGCUUUCCAGUGUCCCUUCGAUUCACCUAUGCACAAAUCUGAGGAAAAAUGUCUCCUUUGA